CUUGUCGUCUUCUGUGUUUGGAGAUGAUGACUGGUAAAUCCGAUCGUGGUGCCAAAUGCGAAGCGAAGAAGGAAAGAGGCCCAUUCACCUUUCCUCUUUUGACAUCUCUCUUUCUCUGUCUCUCUGUCUCUCUCUCUCUCCGCCCGAGGUCCAAGGGAGGGUACGCGCGUGAAUCAGACAUAACAUAGUGAUUCAUCUGGGUUCGGAGCUCCCCUAUACCACCAUGAACUCCAAUAACGAUGCCCCGGCUAAUGGUCCACCUCCCAAGCCAUGGGACAGAGCCGGGGCUUCAUCGGGUCCUGCACCAUUUAAGCCGCCAUCGCCUGGAAGCACUAGUGAUGUAGUGGAAGCUUCUGGAACAGCAAGACCAGGGGAGAUUGUUUCGACGACUGAUAGGACUGUCCCUGCUAAUGCAAAUUCUAUUGCCAGGCCGGUUCCCACCAGGCCAUGGGAGCAACAAUCCUAUGGAAACAAUUAUGGAGGAUAUGGUUCUGGUCUGAAUUAUAACUCUGGGUAUAAUUCGGGAAUGCUUGGCUCUUCAUUGGGAGGAUAUGGAGGAUCUUAUGGGGGUGGAUUAUAUGGAAAUGGAAUGUACCGAGGAGGUUAUGGUGGGUUGUAUGGUGGUUCUAGCUUGGGCGGUGGAUACGGUGGGGGCAUGUAUAAUAGUGGAUUUGGGGGUCAAAUGGGUGGUUAUGGAGGUGGUUAUGGAGGUGGUUAUGGUGUUGGCAUGGGUCCCUAUGGCGAUCAAGAUCCGAAUAACCCUUAUGGUGCUCCCCCUUCGCCACCAGGAUUUUGGAUUUCCUUUCUUCAAGUGAUGCAAGGAGUUGUAACAUUUUUUGGCCGCAUUUCGAUUCUGAUAGACCAGAAUACCCAGGCAUUCCACAUGUUUAUGUCUGCACUUCUUCAGCUUUUUGAUCGAUCAGGAAUGUUGUAUGGCGAGUUAGCUAGAUUCGUAUUAAGGAUCCUGGGAAUCAAAACAAAGCCUCGAAAGGUUCAUCCACCUGGACACAACGGUAUGCCUGGGCUCCCCAAUGCUCCCCCUCAUAAUGCUAUUGAGGGUCCGAAAGCAGCUCAAAGUGGCGCAUGGGAUAAUGUAUGGGGGGGCAUACCCAGUAGUUAAAGACUUUGCCAGAAGAGAUUGGAUACUCAAGACUACUGAGGUAAGGAUACAGACUCACUCAAUAAUCGUGGGCAAAAUGCUGUGGCCGCACCAGCUCAGUCUCUCAGUGUUGGUUUGCCAAAGGGCUAUCCCUCCUGGGAAGGCUGUAUGGUGGAACCUAUCCUCCAUGAAAUGCUUGAAAUGUCAAACUACACUGUAGGUUGCUGUACGCUUGUAAGAAUUUUCAUGGCAUGUAUAAUUGAAAUUGAGGAUGCAAUGAGAUUUCUCGGGACUCGGGAGGUCGAGUGUUUCUACCUUUCGACUGAGCAAGAUCACCAAUUGCAAUACCAUGGAAAAGGGUGUCUGUAUUUGAUAAAUUUGCAGUGUGAAAUCACACGUCCUUGCUACAGUA